AUGAGAAGUGAAAAUUUAAUAGCAGACCAUUUAUCUCAUUUGGAACAACAAGACAAAGAUCCUACAUAUGAGAUACUUUUUGAGAUUAAGUCAGCACCUUGGUAUGGUACUCCACGGGCAAUCAGUGAUGGGGGGAAAAACUUUUGUACCCACUUAUUCUUAGCUUUAUUGGCAAAAUACAGAGUCAAAUAUCGGGUUGCAACACCUUAUCAUCCACAAACUAGUGGGCAAGUUGAGAUCUCCAACAGGGAGUUAAAGAAAAUCCUAAAAGCUACAAUUAAUGCAUUGCGUACAGAUUGGUCAAAGAAGUUAGGUGAUGCACUUUGGGCAGUUGGGAAAAAAAGAAUCAUUCAACUAAAUAAGCUUGAUGAGUUUAGAUUAGGGGCAUAUGAAAUUGCAAAGUUAUACAAAGAGAAAACUGAAAGAUAUCAUGAUAGACACAUUAAAGAAAAAGAGUUCGAGGUUGAGCAACACGUUCUCAUCUUCAAUUUUCUUCUUCAACUUUUUCCAGGCAAGUUAAGAUCAAGGUGGUUAGGUUCAUUCACAGUGGUAGCUGUCCAUCCAUAUGACACUAUUGAGGUUGUAUCUCAAGAUGACCAACGAAGAUUUAAGGACAAUGGACAGAGGUUGAAAGCUUAUUGGAGAGGUGAUUACUUCAGUGAGAAGACAAUUCUGCCACUUGAGGAUCCAAAAUAG